ACCACUGCCAGAUUCAACUAAUACCAUGUGUUCCACAUUUCCUUGUACAAACUCUUACAUGUUGCUUGCUUGUGAAAUGACCUUUUUGGGGAUACUACCGGCUCUGUAUCAAAGCUAAUCUCAGCAUGAUGGCGAUCAGACCUAAUCGAGUAUGUAGCAAAUUUUUCAUGGGAUUGAAAUAUAUAUUAUAGAAGGGAAGCGCUCCCGGCCUCCUACUUGAUGUUUGAGUUACUUUUUCUCUAUAAUUUCCGCUCCUUGUCUAUAUUUUUCUCUCAUAGAAUUCUGAAUUUGCUUCAUUAUCGAGCCUUGAUUUUGCAAGUUAACACGGCUUGAGUCCACACGAGCAUCACGGCAAAUAGUUUUGGGUAUCCAGGCAUCUUGGAAUCGUUGAAUAAUGAACAGCAUGAACAGCCCAGGCAUCCAAGCUCGCUCUGACGGUCAGGCGGACUUUGACUUCUAUCCCUACAACCCGAACAAGCCAGCGGCGUGGACAUUUGUGAUACUCUUCGCGAUUGGUACCGUUGUGCACCUCGCAUAUAUCUUUCCAUUCCGGUCAUGGUUCUUCAUUCCUUUUAUACUUGGUUGUUCUGCCGAAGCAGGUGGUUAUUAUGGCAGGGCCUGGGCACACAACAACCGGCGGGCAGGUGAUCCAUACAUACUGCAGUUGUUCCUUAUCAUUGGAGCAACGCCUUUGCUAUCUGCGUCUAUUUACAUGACACUUUCCCGCCUUGUCCGAGCGCUCGAUGCAGUUCGAUAUUCGCUCGUACGAAUCAGCUGGGUGUCCAAGAUUUAUAUUCUCAUUGACAUUGCCUGUCUGGUCCUGCAGGUCAUGGGGACAGUCACACAAGCCUAUGGCGGGGCCGGAGAACAGCAAAAAGCAAUUAAGCUCAUCACAGGCGGCUUGGUCUUUCAAUUGAUUGCCUUUGUCGUCUUCAUCCUCUUGGCACUCAGGGUUCAUUUCCGUCUCAACCGAGAACCUACGCUCAUCUCAGCACACCCGAGGGUCCAAUGGAGAAGGUCCUUCUGGGCACUGUACGUAUGUAGCACCCUCGUCCUGGUCCGGAAUCUUGUCCGCAUCCUUGAAUUCAACCAAGGCAGUGGUGGCACAAUUGGCAGCCACGAGGCAUUCCUGUACAUUUUUGAUGCAUGCCCGAUGUUUGCAGUUGUCCUCCUUCUCGCAAUCAUUUAUCCUGGAUUCGUGACCAAGACUAGUCGGAGGCUGUCGAAGAAUAGGCCCGAGAGUCCUUCUAUUCCCUUGUUUGUCGACAGAGAAUAAAUCAUAUUCAGGGAAAGCAAGGGAUUUAGGAAUGGCUGGAAACAAGGUAGAGAACAGUGUUGCUAUUACCUAAACGAGGUUUCGAUCCUUGUCUUUCUUCUUAUAGAGUAUC